AGGAAGAGAAAAGGGGAGCGAGAGUCCGUGGGCACACAACUGCUGAAUGUAAAUUUCCGAGUCAUCGCAGCUAUGGUUAUUCGCUCUUUGACGCGCUUUCUUUCUCAACUUUCGUACGUGUCACGAGUGCUGAUAUUGCGGAGACAAAUCGUAGAUUCGAUAGUGACGGAAGCCUCCCACCACCCGUCGAACAUCAAACUUAUUUGCUUCUACUUCGCCUCACUUUCAGCACUUAAGUUUUACCUCGCGACUUUCUCAACAGUUGGCGCGCCCUCCUAAACUUCCAAUCCCAAAGUGGUUAACGCAAUCCUUAUCGUUCGAGCAAAUAAAACUCGAGGUUCUUAAUUUUUUCUUUUCCUUUUGCAAUUUUUUUCUCCCCCUCGUCUUACGUGGUCUCGCCUUUCCAUCAGGAUGUUGCGCAAAUAUAUUUACCAUUUAUUUCUGCUUUUCUCAUACGUUCGAAGUAGUCAAAGUAACCAAACAUUAAAAUUGAACGGAAAGAAGGAAGGUCUUCCGGGGCUGCCACUGGUGUACCCUAUAGGAGGAACACUUAAGCUGCUCGCCGGAUGCACCAUACCAAUCGCGAUGCCGGGCAGGAUCCUGAUCCACAGCCAGAAUAUCCAGUUUCAGUUCGCUCUGCCGCAGAAUGCGACGUUCUUCAGUAACUACUUCACGUCGAGGUCACUGCGCCGACGCCGGCAAAGUGAUAUCAUCCCGGAGCGCUCGAUCUUCUAUCAAUUUCUCGAGGAGGAGCUUCUGAGGAGAGGUAACCCUGGGAAGGAUUGCAUCAAAAGGAGCAUAUGCGAGUCCGCGGAGACGCCGCUGAGGGAUGACGGUCUCGUGGGCGAAAUCUUUCACGUUCUGCUCACACCGGACUACGGAGGAUUGCUCGGUGUCGACGAGGAAUAUGGAAAAGCUGCUGAAAUCGGAAGAAGGGGCGAUGACUGUUUAAAGACGUAUCCUUCUUGCCCAGAAGGAUUUGGAAUACUGGAUCGUAUUUCCAAGAUCUUCGAUCACGAUUAACGACCUUUGUUACUUCUUAAACAUCAAUCAUUUUAAGUUCGCACUUACCCUUUAUGGAUUACACGUGUAUAUGUUUUGUAACAUGAUAAUUUUUUGAAAAUAUAAUGUUUUCCAAUAAUUCGUAUAAUAACGUAGAGAAGAAUAAAGAGCUUCAAGUGUCAAAUUUUGGUAGGUACUUAAACUUUUUAAUUAAUACGAAAUUGUUGAACUUAACUUUGCUUAAUGUAUGUAGAAAAAAAUUAACAGA